AUGGCCCCUCCACUCCGAGCCAAGCGACUGCAGGUCAGAUCCUCCACUGGCUACGGCGCGGCAUGUCUUCCAGCGCGCGCCCGCCGGCACCCCUGCUCUUGCUGCCCCCGAGCGCCGAGCGUGGACCAUCUUGGACUAUAUUGUGUGAUCUCUGUUGGGAUUUCACUGUGCAUGCGGCUUCUGUCGCAUGGGCGCGUGAUCGCUCUUCUUCUGGUCGCAUGCGCCUUCUGUCCGCUCAUUCCCCUCUCUUCCUCCUUUCUCCUUGUCCUCCUCGUCAUCUUCCUCCUUCGCUUCUUUCCCCCUCUCGUCGCGCCGAUGCGUUUCUCCGCGGAUUCGCACCCGUUUUGUUCCCUCGCUGGGAGCAUGCAGCCCAACCUUGCGAAGAAAGUUGGUCGGCGGAUUGUCUCCUACACUCGCAGGACAGCGUUUGAGUUGCAGGUGGCGCUUACGCUUCGCAGCCUCGCAGCCUGGCGCAGCGGCCACCUUGGUGGGACAAUGCGCAGCACUUCAGACCUGUGUCAGCACUGUUGCAGUACUGCCAUUGUCUGCUACACCUUAUUCUCAUAG